AUGACAACCGCCGGCCUCAAAACGAUUAUUGCCCUCUCCUUUGUCCUCGCCGUCGGCUUCUUGCUGGUCAUCCUGUCCUGUGCCCUCUUCAAUGUCUACUACCCGCUGCUCGUCGUCGCGACGUACGUGAUCGCGCCGCUGCCCAACUGGAUCUGCAGCCGCUGUGCGAACCCAGACGACUUUGUCGAGAGCUCGGGCGCCGCCAUCCUCGACAUCGGCCGCUUCUUCACGGGCUUCUUUGUGGUGAUGGGCAUUGCGCUGCCGGUGGUGCUGGCGCACGCGGGCCUGAUCAGCACGGGCGCAAUGGCCAUGUCGAUUGUGGGCGGCCUGCUGAUCUACGGCACCAUUAUCAGCUUCGGCAUGUUCUUCCAGGAGGAGCAGGAGUUCUAA